GCAGCCACAUCGUUGCCCUUGUCAUCGCCGUCCCCUUUGACUGGUCUCUGGGUGUAAUAACGACCAAAAGACCGACUGCAACACUACCCGCUUGUGGUCCGCUCGUAGCCCACGCCGCCAUGCCCCUUUCGACCGACGCCCACCCUCUCUCGCCCUCUCUCGCCCCCCCCCAUCUUCCCCCCCCAAGCCGGGACCAGGUCUGGCUCUCUCGCUUUUCCUCGCCGCCGCCCUGUUCCGCGCCCGCGUUCCUCUCACCUUUUCCCGGUUGUCCGUCUGACGGCUUCUCUCGUCGACCUCUCCUCUCCGUCCAGUGAAACAUUGCCCUCAAGCCCUUGGCUUUUUGCCUGUCGAUAAUCUCUUGGCCGGGUCUGCAACCCUACUAGUCAUGACCGAGUAAGACAAGGGAGAGCAAGUAGAGCAGAUCAGAGCCAGAGCAGUACAAUACUUAGAUCGUCCGCACCAUGUCUGCACCUCACUCCCUACCAAGUCAGAUCUCGCCGCCGGCACACCCGCACCAGGACUCCUUCGGCGCCAACUCUGAGACUACUCGUGCCUCAUCUGAGCUGGAGCUGACCUUCCUGAACCAACCGUCCCCCUCUCUCCCUGACGAGGACCAGUCGUUGCCCUUCCACUCGCCUACUGCCGUGCCAGCCUCUAGGAACCCCAAGAACCUCGUCAUCGACAGCGCCGCCGUCCAGCCGCCCGCUCGGUCCAUCCGACGUAAGCCGCUGUCGUCGACCGCUUCGUCCAUCGCUGCCAGAUACUCCUCGGGCGAGUAUCUCGCUCUAGCCAAAGGCCUCGCCAGCCCUGAGCAACGCUUCUCGCGGUCCUUCUCGCUCGACAGCCCUACCUUGUACGAGUUCCCUAGGCCACCCCCCGCGUACACGGUUAGGUCCGGCCUGGAGUCGCCAAACGACAUCAUACUGAUCCAGGGAAACACCGACAAAUCCCCCAGCAUUCGACCUCUCCCUCAUCCGCUCUCUCGUGUUGACUCGAGCCCGGCUGUCGUACCGGGUGAAGUCGAACGUUCAGCCUCUUGGGACAGGAUCCCUGUCGGUCUUCAAACAGAUCACCACUCAGAGUCGUUACAACAUCACCACGGCCCGAGCCUGUAUGACGACCUGUUUAGUGACGAAGAGGACGAGAGAGACGGGGACGGCGGCCCGCUGAACGAUAACAUAUUUGAUGAAUACAACUCGGACCCGUCCGAUACCAGCGAUAGUCCUAAUUCGCCCAAGACUAUGUCGCUGCAUAUCACCCGGAAGAAUACACCCCCGCAGUUGAGCUUGAGGCCUGUCGAUCUCACCGUCACCCCCACCGCGGACAAGCACGACAUCAAGACACCAAACACCGACAAACCACUACCGAAGUCGCCGGGCUCGUCAAAGCUCGGCUCGUUCUUUGGCUGGGCCGCUUCUCCUUCAGCCGCCGACACCUCCGACAAAGGCUUCUCGCCUCUCCCGUCGCCUUUCAACUUCUCAAAGGCCGCCAGCGCCACCGAUGUGUCUCCAUCCACCACCAUCGGACCCCAUUCGCUCUUCGACCCCCCAAAGAUCUUAUACGGGGCCCCCAAUUCCCGUGACUACCGCGAAUCAUACCUAGCGACACCACCCACCGCUCCGCUAUCACCAGCUCACCUGAUUGAGGAUAUGGAAGACGAGCUGAGGGCCAUCGCGGCCGAAUUGGCAUCGUCAAUUCGGCGCGAGAUCGAUUUGGAGGAUUUGGUGGACAGGCUUCAGGCGGAGAAGGAUAACCCUACCAGCUCAGCUAACAAGAGGACGAGCGACUACUUUUCGGAUUCGGGAAACAGCACGACAAAACUUAGCGACUACGACCAGUCGAGAGAAGAGAUCGAGAGGAUCCAGCGGAGGUCGGAGCAGGAGAAGGCGCAGAUCAGGCUCGAGCUGACAAGCAAGCUUCAGGAUGAGAGGACCAGGAGGCAACAGCUCGACGAGCAGAUUCGAGAGCUCUCGGAGCGGGCGUCGCAAAUCGACCUCGCCAAGGCCAACAAUACCGAUACCAGCGGACGUGUCAAGGAACUGGAGACCACCUGCGACACUCUCCGGCGCAAGCUUACCGAGGAGCGCCAGGUCAAGGAUAACUUCGAGGACUUGCUCACCGCUCUCAAGGGCGAGCUGGAGGAUGCGUCCAACGAGCGCGAUAACCUCCGCGACGAGGUCGUCCCCCAGCUCCGCGCCCGUGUCGAGGGGCUUGAGGCGCAGGCAGUCGAGCUGGAAAAGAUGGGUUACGAAUCCACCAAGAUGCAGCAGGAGCUCCAAACCCUCAAGAUGGAAAAUACGUCGUUAAAACAAUUACAGGUGACCUCGAUGGACACCAUCUCGGAGGAAGGCGGAAAUGCAGGAUUCCGCUUGUCCCGAUCCAACUCUUUGACGGGUCCGCCGUCAUCCCUCAGGCCGCAGCGGCCACCCUCUCUGUCGAGGUCCAUGUCGGUCAAGACGUCGGAGUCCCGAGAUCAAAUAGCGGAGCGGCUGAAGGAUGUUGAGGAGCAGCGCGACGCUCUCCACAGGGCCCUGAAGAGCCUUCUCGAAAGGCAGGAGCACCAGAAUAAGGAAAAUGACAAGAAGAUCCGAAUUCUCGAGAUGGAGCGUGAUCGUCUCCUCACCGAGUCGCCGCAGAAGGCGGGCUUCAAGAAAGAAAUAUCUAACCUCCGAGCGGAGAUCAACGUCCUGCGUCGCCGAGCGGAGGAGGCUCUCGAGCAGAAGUGGCAGGUUGAGAAAGGCCUCGGCGGUCUCAAAAUGGACCUCGACCGGGCCGAGCAAGAGAUAGCAUCGCUCAGGAGCCUACUCGACGAGAAGGAUAUCCUCAUUCCGCCUUCCCUCGCGCGACAGAGCACCGCAAGCGAGAAAUUCGCGGCCCCGGUAUCCUCGGAUUCUCUGACGGCAGCUUAUCAGAGCCUGCAGAAGGCCUACGCCGAAUCCCUCGAGCGUAUCAGGAAACUGGAAGCCGGCAGCUCCCCCGACGAAAUGACCAGACUGGCCAUGGAGAGGCUUGAGCGGACGCUUACCAUGACUAUCUCGGAGCGCGACCUGGCCCGCCAGGAGGCGACAUCGUACAAGGAGCAGCUCGACGCCCUCAAGGCUGGCGAGCGGGUUUACCUCGAAUCCGAAAAGGCGCUGGCUGACGAAUUGAACGAGUCGGCCCGUCGCGUCGAAGAGCUCGCGGCCCAGGUCCGCCACCAGCUCUCCAUCAGCCAGACGCUACGUCAGCGCAUAUCGGACACGGUAGCCCGCGGUGACGUUGAGCAGAAGGCGAACAAGGACCGCAUCACCGCCCUGCAAGAGCACCUCCGGACCCUCGAGGAGAGGCUAGAGGCGGCGCAGCAGGCUUCCGAGGAGCGCGUCGCGCGUCACGAGGAGGAGAUGGCGGCGGUCAAGAUGAGCCACAACGACCAGCUGAAGCGGAUGCGAGACGGCCUGCGCUCCCCGCGUAUGUUCCCGCCGAAAUCGCCCAUGUCGCCCCUAUUCGCGACUCAGGGAAGCCGGUCGCCGCGCCUCAGCGUCACGCGAUCCGGCCCGGCGAUGAAAGCGUCGGAGGAAGCGCAGGUGGACAACCUGCGGGCUCGCGUGGCCGAGCUCGAGAACGCGCUCGCCGACGCCGACUCGUCGAUGCAGCAGGUCGUCGGGCGGAUGAACGCGGCGCAGAUCGAGGUGCUGCAGCUGCAAGAGGAGCGUGAGGCGGCCGUCAACCGAGCGCGCAAGCUCGAGCGCGAGCUCGAGGCCGAGAUGGUUAAGGCCUUUAACGGGCGCUUCAAGUCCCUGCAGUCGUAGGAAGACCGAUGCGAGAACAGCCACGGCCAAUAGACACAAAAAUGACAGGAAGAAAGGGCCUCACGAAAUCGAUGACGACGACAUUGACGCGCAUAUACUCUCAUCAUUACUAUCGACAUCACCAUUACUACUAGUAUUAUUGUCUAUUAUAUCUUUUGCAUUUACAGGAAUCGAGGUGUCCAUCCUCCCAUCGGGCUGGAGUACCAAACAUGCUCGAUCUCGGAGCAUCGGCGUUGGGCAUGAAAGAUGUUUACCAUCUUUGGUUGCUGGGUCCCUUUAAAAAAGAGAGGGGACGUUAUUGUAUAUUUACACAAUGACCGCGAGCUCAUCUGCCGGUCUUGUCUUGUUUUCUGUUUGUUUCCGCUUCGCCACACGUACUGGCUGCCUUGCCUUGACAUCGGCUCCCGGGCAGUUCGACGAGCCGCCUCAAGCAGGGCUGUACAUCUUAAUACCCUUUCUUCCUCUUCUACCGAGUGCCUCAUGUUAACCCUGCACUGGGUAUAUGAUGUAUGCACAUAUUAUAAUCCACAUACCUAUGUAUAUAUAUGUAUGUACAGUCGCGGAGGAGCUGAGUGCCCAUUUAGCUAGAAACUCGCCCGUACCGCACGAGGUGGCAGAAUAUAUUAAUCAAACUACCUAUACAUUGAUAGUUGAGAAUGAAAGGAAUUUAACCAA